ACUCCACCCGCGCUUGCAUAACCGUGAGCAAGCCAUCAUUGUUGAAUUGUGGUGGUGCAAUGCUAUGCAGUUAUAAAUACCACAAGUCUCUUAUUUCUGCACUGCGCUGAAGGAUAGCCGGGUCAGGCGGAGACUGAGCCGAAUCGGAGUAUAACAAACAUUCAGAACAAGGAUGCGGUACGUGGCGGCCUACCUGCUGGCGGUCCUGGGAGGGAAUGAGAACCCCUCCGCCAGGGACAUCAAACAGAUCCUCAACAGUGUCGGCGUGGAUGCCGAGGAAGACCGACUCGCCCUCGUCAUCAGUCAGCUGAAGGGCAAGGACGUCGAGGAGGUCAUUGCUCAAGGCAAUGAGCGCCUGGCUACUGUCGCAUUCGGAGCUGGGGCUGGUGUUGCCGUUGACGAUGACAACGUCGGCGACGCUGAUGAGAAGGAAGAGAAGAAAGAAGAUAAGCCUGCAGAUGAUGACACCGACUCUGACUCUGACGGAGGACUUAUCUCCCUUUUCGACUGAACAUCACGUGACUUUGUUCCCGAGGGUGGCGCCACGAUCUCCAACAGUUCAGAACAGGACAACAUGGGGCGAUGAGCAGCUUCACCGUGUGCAGCAUACAUUGUCCGAUGUGUGAUGUACAGGAUUAGGAAUAUUGAAACUGAAUGUGCAAAACCAAAGACAAUUUGAAUCACAGCAUCUGUUGAACAGUUUGAUAGAAUGUAUUAAGUCAAUUCAGUGAAUCAGUUUUGACAGUUUUAGACUGUUUUGUUGAAUCCGUCCUCAUGAUACAUUACUUGUUUUUAAAGAGUACCGCUGUACCGCUGUAUGAGGGUGCCCCCCCCCCCUCUGAAUCGCGAAUACCAUCUAUUUGUUCACUCUGAGUCUCCUUUGCUCACCCCGAAUCCUGAAUACUACUAAAACAAAUCUCAAAAAACAUUGAAAAAAGUCUGAUUUUAUGUAAACUUACUCGAAUUUUGUUUAUAUAUACAUGUAUGUAAAGGAAAUGUUUGCGUCGUCCAUUAUUGAUUUGAAAAUGUUGAAUACCAUAUACGAUUUAGCAUGUCCCGCGUACUAUACUGCUGAGUCCCGAAUACCCUCUAAGUAGACCCCUGAAUCCUGCUACCAGAUGGGGGAUGGCAGCCUCUUGUGGGGUACUAGUAUAGUAUGCGAAAUGACAAUAGUAUGGCAUUAUUUGAUAUGUUUCAAUGCCUCUGCGACGCUAAAUUUGUGGUUUUACAUGAUAUAUUACACUCCAUAGCGUGGUAUAACAUGAAUCACUUUACUUAAAGUAAGGUACAGCAAGAUCCACAACACUCAAUUUGUGGUUUAACAGGAUAUAUUACACUCCAUAGUGUGGUAUAACAUGAAUCACUUUGAAGUAGUUAGAGCAAGAUCCAUGACACUCAAUUUGUGGUUUAACAUGAUAUAUUACACUCCAUAGCGUGGUAUAACAUGAAUCACUUUACUCAAAGUAAGGUAUAGCAAGAUAGACGACACGUAAUGAGUGUUAUAACUUGACACACUCUACUCAAAGUAAGGUAUAGCAAGAUAGACGAUACACAAUGAGUGCUAUAACUUGACACACUCUACUCAAAGUAAGGUAUAGCAAGAUACGCGACCCUCAAUGAUGCUCCAAAUUUUGAUUUAUCGUUUCAGAAAGAACUUUUCAUUUCCAUGACAAUAUGUUAACAUAUCAACAAGCUCAACCUCCCCGUUUACAUGUGCAUUGUGUCCCUUUGUUUCUGUGUGGUACAAUGUGUCGUAGGUGAAUGUAUUUUUCAUUUUUGUAAUGGAACAUUUCCAGGGCCUUAGUCUGCCUACAUAAACACGGAGAGUACAAACCGA